AUGCGCCUCACAAGGGUGCUGGAUGCACUGAGAGCAGAGACUCUGCGGCUGGAGCUGGAGAACCACACAGGGUUUCCAGUUUCCAAACCUGGUGAUGUCUCCCAGCUGGAACAAGGGGAAGACCCCUGGGUCCUGGGUCUCCAGGGCUCAGAGGAAAGAGAGAUCCAGGGAGGUGCCUGCCAGGGUGAAGGGGCAGUAAGUAAGAGCAAGGAGGAGAAUCCUCAGCAGAAAGAUCACGAGCUAGUGGAACCACCUGGGAUGUUUUCAGAAAGAUUUAAAGGGAACGUUCACUGGAGUUGUGAGCAGAGAAAAAGUCAUGAGAGUCAGCAGAGAAAUCAGCCAGGGGAUUGUCGAGGAAGUGGCAAGGAUCUCCAGGAAACCACAGCCCAGCAGAGAAUCCCCACAGGAGAGAGAAAAAACACCUGCACCGAGUGUGAGAAAACCUUUAGUAGUCGCUCCAACCUUAUUACACACUGGAGAAUCCACACUGGAAAUAGACCCUAUAAAUGCUCAGAGUGUGGGAAAAGCUUCAAUCAGCGUUCAAACCUUAUUAAACAUUGGCGGAUCCACACGGGAAAUAGACCCUUUAAAUGCCACGACUGUGGGAAAAGCUUCACUGACAGCUCGAACCUUACUCAGCAUCAGAGAACCCAUGUUGGGGAGAGACCCUAUAGGUGCUCAGAGUGCGGGAAAAGCUUCACUCGGAGCUCAGAUCUUAUUAGACAUGAGACAAUCCACACAGGAGACAGACCCUUUAAAUGCUCCAAGUGCGGAAAAAGUUUCAACGACCGCUCCAACCUUAUUACGCAUCAGAGAACCCACAUGGGGGAGAGACCUUAUAGAUGCUCCGAGUGCGGGAAAAGCUUCAGUGUGAGCUCCAGCCUGAUUACACAUUGGAGAAUCCAUACGGGAGAGCGACCCUAUGAAUGCUGCGAGUGUGGGAAAAGCUUCACUCGGAGCUCAGACCUGAUCAGACACGAGACAAUCCAUACAGGAGACAGACCCUUUAAAUGCUCCAAGUGCGGGAAAAGCUUUAAUGACCGAUCAAACCUUAUUAGGCAUCAGAGGAUCCACAAAGGAUAGUAAACUCAUUGACUAGGGCUGGCCAAAGAUGCUUUUGCUAAUUCCCACAGAGACCUUUAAGGCUGUUUGCACCACCUGUGUCACUGCGUGUUCUGAGCUGCCCCACUUCUGCAGCUCACCCUUCUUUGCGGUGAAUCCCAGGGCCCCUUCUAUCAGCUCCUUUGUCCUGGUAGUGGAGGGGAUGAUGUCCCCCAUCUGCCAGGAAUGUCUAUCAGCCCCAGGUGGGGAGAUAGCGGUGACCUCGACUAGCUACGUUGAGAUGUAAUCUGCCUAGGCCAUGUCUCCACCAGGAUUUUCCAU